CACACCUGGGACUCACUCACACUCACUUUCCGUCUGUUAUUGUUUGUGUGUGUUGUUGAUAUGCGUAUCCCUAUACGUUUUCUUCCUUUUGGACUCCACAAUUUCUCCACGGCUGCGCUUUCUCCUCAAAGCGCACCCCGGAUUACCCCAAUCUUUCCGUGCGUUCGUUCUGGGACUAUGUGGACCUCACUCCUCCAGGGUGUACCACGGAUAUCUCUCUCUGGAUUUAUACUGGAUUGCCGUGUUUUCUUAACUGGUUAAAAUCUAUUCCGAGAUGAGAAGAAGAGGUGAUGACACUGUUGCAUCCAAACCGACUGAGGAGAAAUCAGUGAAAAGUGAAAAGCAACUGAUAUCCAGGUCAUUUUGGAGGGAUUGGGUGAAAUGGGGGCCGAUAACCCUUUGCACUCUAUUUGUGACUACAUCAUAUGUUCAACGAAUUUGUCCUGGUUUCACACAAUACCUCUUUUAUCAACAUGGCUUAUCAUUCUUUGUUGACCUGAGACAUCCCACUGAUCUUGGUCUCAAUCACACGGUAAAUAUGUACCUGACCUCAGAAGCAGAAGUGACACUAGGAGUAUGGCACACAGUUCCUGAUCAUAUGUGGAAAGAGGCCCAGGGUAAAAGUUUGGCAUGGUAUGAGCAGUCUUUAGGGAAUGGUUCACCUGUUUUCAUCUACAACCAUGGCAAUGCGGGUAACAGAGCAUCUCCACCACAUCGUGUGGGAGUUUCUAAAAUAUUAAGUGCUCUUGGCUAUCAUGUCUUAGUAAUGGAUUACAGAGGAUUUGGUGAUUCCAGUGGAGAGCCCACUAUGCCUGGACUGGUCACUGAUGCACUUUACCUGUACCACUGGGUACGGGCACGUAGCAAGGACAGCCAGGUCUUCAUAUGGGGUCACUCAAUUGGCACAGGGGUAACAACUAGUGCUGUAGUAAAACUACAAGAACAAGGAAGCCCUCCUGAUGCAGUGAUACUUGAAGGUUCUUUCCUUGACUCCAAAGUACCAAAAGGAGUCCCCCAUCUAUUCCUCUGGUAUUACUGGAGAUUUCCAUACAUACAGUACUACUUUUCCCAGGAUACAAUUAAAGCAAAUAAAGUUCAGGUGUCCAAUUCUGAAAAUGUGAAACAAAUGAGGACGCCGCUUAUGAUCCUUCAUUCAAAAGAUGACCAUUUGACUCCUAUCAGGAUGGCUGAGGAGCUAUACAAAACUGCUAAAAGUGUGCUACCUGAGGAAAAAGUCAGGUUGGUGGCAUUUGAGGCAUCCCAUGGAUACCGUCAUAAUGGACUUUAUAGGGAUCCUCGUUUACCAAAAAUUAUAAGGGAGUUUGUGCAGUCCAAUGCAAAGUAAUCUGCAAGCUUCCAAAGUGGGACCAGGUUAAACCUCGAUGUUUCAUUUUCACACAUAUGUUAUGUUUUACUCUCCAAUGCUAACUUUAGUGGUGUGCCCAAAUUCAUUUAUUUUUGAUCUUAUUAUUUACACACACAAGUAAAAAAUGUAAGAGCUAAUUCACAUGGAUUGCAUAUUUAAUAACAAUUGUAAGACACCUGUACCUAUUAAAAGGUUAAUGUAAAUGUUCAAUAAUAAGUUUCAUGAGCUUAGAUAGUAAGUCAAAAGUUCAUGAUGAUGAUGUGCACAAAAAAUAAACUAAUAAAUAUUAAAGUGCUUAACCAUG